AUGGCCAUCUCGCUGUCCCCCUCCACCUGGAACAGCCUCGGUCUGGGCGUCGCCGCGACGUGGGCGGCGCUGGGCCUCGCAGGCGGCCUGCGACCCGCGGCGGCGGCGGACCUGUUCGGCAUCACCGCGCUCGGCAGCGGGGGCAGGGGCGACGGCAAGUCGGGCGCCGACCGCGACAGCAUGAUUGGCUUCGCGGGCGUGCUCGGCUCGCGCGACAUGACCAUCGCGCUGACGCUGCUGUACCUCGGGCGCGCCGGCCGCAACGCCGACAUGGGCGCCGUCAUCCUCAGCACCAUGACCAUCACCGCCGUCGACAUCUGGCUGGUGUGGCGAAAGAAGAAGGGCUUCAACUCUGAACUGGGGGUCCUCACGGUCGGGUCGCUCAUCUGGGCCGUCAUUGGAUUCGGCCUGCGAGGGCACUUUGACUGA